GUCUUCGUUGUAAUCGUUUCUAGUUUCUACAAUAUCUGUCGUACCAGUAGUAAAUAAUAUAAUUAAUACGUAUUACGUACCAUAAAGUAUACCGCCGUUAAUAACCGAUAACAACACAAUAGGAUCGGCUUUUUCCCGCGCUCAUGUUAUACACGUGCCUAAUUCCGUACAAUUGACUUCAUUUCGUCGCCAUCACGAUAUUAUCAUUGUACGCUUUUCAGCUGCUGCCGCGCCCGCGACGACUCGGAACUCGGAAGCCGGAACUGCAACGACACUCGUUCGACGACGGUCAACCAUCACCGCCAACACUAUUUAAGGUCUCAGCUCGCCGCGCGAUGACUUACACGGCCGAGACUGAAGUAGCGGCCGCGGCCGCGGUAAACCUGCUCCGCGACAACGUCCGGUUGGCCGGUACGACGGGUGCCGGCACCGGUGGCCCGUGGUACUAUCCACCGACCGCGCUCGACGAAGACGGUCGGCUGUGGGGCAGCUGUGCCGACCACAUGAAACGUGUGCUGGAGAACCGCAUGGCCGUUCGACACUACUACCGAUCACUGCAGCCGGACGCGCCCGCGCCCCCCCUGCUGAGCCGCACCGGCCACGUGGCCGUCAUCGAGGCGUUCGUGGCCGACCUGCUGGCGUACUACCGGCCGCUGCUGGCCGCCGUUGACCCGCUGCUCAGUGACCUGGGCGCCCAGACCGUCGUCUUGCUGACCGAAGCCAACGUCCUUUACAACAUCGUGUUGGCCAUGCGCCCGUGACCCUCUCCCCCCCCCCACAAACGCCAGUUCGAUCGGCGGAAACGAAGACCGGUCGAUUCGCCGCAGACCGGGUGCAGCAGAAAAACCGCCUUUACGUCGCGCACAGUGUCUCUUGUGAUUUAGCCGUCGUGUUUUGCCUUAGUCAAUAAAAUUUCAAAAAUUCUUA